GUGUCUAAAUAGGCAGAAGACCUGGUUGCUAGUAUAAACCCCAAGGCAAAAGUCACAUAGCUUUGUGCCUUUUUGGCCUUAUGAAGGGAUUUUUUUUAUUAAAUAAGCAGAUUUUUAGAUACUCCAAUGAUGGGAUUAUCUGAAUAAAACUGAUUGAACCUGAGGCUGAGGAGCUUGGAACAUUGAAUCAUGACUUGUGUAAAUCUAUAUAAAUCAUUUUCUGUGCCAGAGAAUGAAUAGCCAACUUCAUUCAAAUGCCAAUUCAGCACUUACAAAGUCUGCUAACAGUUAAUUAGAAACUACCAUCUCAUUAUAUUCUGAGGUCACAAUGACUGCAAAAGACGACAAAAUUUUCAUUAGCAUGUUGGAUAUUAAAGAUCUGAAAGACAAUGAAUUGACUGAACAGCUUAAGAAGCACGGAUAUAGUCCGGGUCCUAUACUACCUUCCACAAGACGAGCUUAUGAGAAGAAACUACUAGAAUUGUUGACAGCUAUCUGUCCAACAAAAUGUGAGGAGAAGACAAGUGGAAGGAUAUGUCAGCAGGAAAGUGGAGAAAAAAUCAUUGCUUUGAAAAGAAACAGCGAAAUGUUAUCAAGAAUAACAGAAGAAAUCCAAAACGAUAAACUUGAAAACCACGAAGAUGAUGAUGAUCAGAUUUGCACCCCUUUACCUCUCCAGUGCCAACAGAUGACUCAUGAGGAAACUCCACCUUAUUCUAUGGAUGACGAUAUUGACAUCUAUUGUCCUACUGCCAGCCCUCACCCAGGAAUAAGGAUUAUCAUAAGAAGACCAUUAAAAAAAAAAGUAAGGAGUCUCCGAAAAAAGAAAAUGUUCAAAGAAGAGAAAUCUGUAGAAGAUAAAGUAGGAAUGAUUCCAUACGCCUUUGUAAUUACUGUGUUGAUCAUUUUCACCUUUAUAGUUUUCCUCUAUUUAACCAUGGAAAAGAAGUAAUAACAGUCUAGUUAUAUACAUUAAGACUAGCAUGAAGACAACAGAAAUGAUAAGCUCCUGCCUGAGGAAGUUCUAUUCUCUCUUCCUUCAGUAAAUGAACUCACAACUUCAGAAUUAGAAUGCUCAAGUAAAAUGCCAAAUCCGGUGAGGAUGUGCUCUUCAUUUGAAAGUAUACUGCAUUUAAAAAAAGGAAAAGAAAAGAAAGAAAAGAAAAAAUACACUGCUGGGUCAUUCAUCCAUAUGCCAAUGUGUCAGAACACAAGAAAGCAAGUGGAACACAGUAACCUUUUCAAGAUGGAGAACAUAAUUAAAAAAUCUUUCUGUAUUAA